CUCAAAGCAUCUUGCAUCAGCCUGUGGAUGUAUGCCUACGCCGGGCUCCUUCGCCGGCAAAGUGGAAAAAGAAGCGUUUCACAACAGAUUCUUUUUUUGGGGGGGUUUGGAGGGGGACGCAGUGGAUUAUAAACUCUGUUUUCUUCUUCCUCAAUCUGUGUACUCCUGGAUGAACGGAUAUCUACACGUGGCCUGGAGUUCCGUGCUCUAGAAAGUUCCACGGCUUGUGGCUUAAAGCAGAGGCUGUGCCAGUUGAGGAGACACAGGAGGCAGCUGUCGUCGAGGAUCCUGUUCCUCGGAGAAUGUUCUGCACCUAUGGCUUCUCCAGUUCCAACACCAUCUUGUGAGCUGAACUCCGUUCCCAGGAUGCCCUUGAUGCUGCUCCUGCUGCUGCCCAUCUUGAGUUCUGCAAAAGCUCAGGUUAAUCCAGCCAUAUGUCGCUAUCCUCUGGGCAUGUCAGGAGGCCACAUUCCAGAUGAGGACAUCACAGCUUCCAGUCAGUGGUCAGAAUCCACAGCUGCCAAAUAUGGAAGGCUGGACUCAGAAGAGGGGGAUGGAGCCUGGUGCCCUGAGAUUCCAGUGGAACCUGAUGACUUGAAGGAGUUCCUACAGAUUGACUUGCACACCCUGCACUUUAUCACUCUGGUGGGGACCCAAGGGCGCCAUGCCGGGGGCCAUGGCAUUGAGUUUGCCCCCAUGUACAAGAUCAAUUACAGUCGGGAUGGCACUCGCUGGAUCUCUUGGCGGAACCGGCAUGGGAAACAGGUGCUGGAUGGGAAUAGUAACCCCUAUGACAUUUUCCUAAAGGACUUGGAGCCACCCAUCGUGGCCAGAUUUGUCCGCUUCAUUCCAGUCACUGACCACUCCAUGAAUGUGUGCAUGCGGGUGGAGCUUUAUGGCUGUGUCUGGCUAGAUGGCUUGGUGUCUUACAAUGCUCCAGCUGGACAGCAGUUUGUACUCCCUGGAGGCUCCAUCAUUUAUCUGAAUGAUUCUGUCUAUGAUGGAGCUGUUGGGUACAGCAUGACUGAAGGGUUGGGCCAGCUGACAGAUGGCGUGUCUGGCCUGGAUGACUUCACUCAGACUCACGAAUACCACGUGUGGCCGGGCUAUGACUACGUGGGCUGGAGGAAUGAAAGUGCCCCCAGUGGUUACAUCGAGAUCAUGUUUGAAUUUGACCGCAUCAGGAAUUUCACAACCAUGAAGGUCCAUUGCAACAACAUGUUUGCUAAAGGUGUGAAGAUUUUUAAGGAGGUGCAGUGCUACUUCCGCUCUGAGGCCAACGAGUGGGAACCUAACGCCGUGUCCUUCCCCCUCGUCCUGGACGAUGUCAACCCCAGUGCCCGCUUCGUCACGGUGCCCCUCCACCACCGCAUGGCCAGUGCCAUCAAGUGCCAAUACCAUUUUGCGGACACCUGGAUGAUGUUCAGUGAAAUCACCUUCCAAUCAGACGCUGCAAUGUAUAACAACUCUGGAGCCCUGCCCACCUCACCUGUGGCACCCACAACCUAUGAUCCAAUGCUUAAAGUCGAUGACAGCAACACCCGGAUCCUGAUUGGCUGCUUGGUGGCCAUCAUCUUCAUUCUCCUGGCCAUCAUUGUCAUCAUCCUCUGGAGGCAAUUCUGGCAGAAAAUGCUGGAGAAGGCUUCCCGGAGGAUGCUGGAUGAUGAAAUGACAGUCAGCCUGUCCCUGCCCAGUGAGUCCAGCAUGUUCAACAACAACCGCUCCUCAUCGCCAAGUGAGCAGGAGUCCAAUUCCACUUAUGAUCGCAUCUUUCCCCUUCGUCCUGACUACCAGGAGCCAUCGAGGCUGAUACGAAAACUCCCAGAAUUUGCUCCUGGGGAGGAAGAGUCAGGCUGCAGUGGCAUGGUGAAGCCUGCCCAGCCCAGCGGGCCUGAGGGGGCGCCACAUUACGCAGAGGCUGACAUCGUGAACCUGCAGGGGGUCACGGGAGGCAACACCUACUCGGUGCCAGCCGUUACCAUGGACCUGCUCUCAGGGAAGGAUGUGGCUGUGGAAGAGUUCCCCAGGAAACUACUAACGUUCAAGGAGAAGCUGGGAGAAGGCCAGUUCGGGGAGGUUCAUCUCUGUGAAGUGGAGGGGAUGGAAAAAUUCAAAGACAAAGAUUUUGCCCUAGAUGUCAGUGCCAACCAGCCUGUCCUGGUGGCCGUGAAAAUGCUCCGAGCAGACGCCAACAAGAAUGCCAGGAACGAUUUUCUCAAGGAGAUAAAGAUCAUGUCCCGGCUCAAGGACCCAAACAUCAUCCGCCUCUUAGCUGUGUGUAUCACUGAUGACCCGCUGUGCAUGAUCACCGAGUACAUGGAGAAUGGAGAUCUCAAUCAGUUUCUUUCCCGCCACGAGCCCCCUAGUUCUGCCUCUGGCAACGUACCCACUGUCAGUUAUGCCAACCUGAAGUUCAUGGCUACCCAGAUUGCCUCUGGCAUGAAGUACCUUUCCUCUCUCAAUUUUGUCCACCGAGAUCUGGCCACACGAAACUGCUUAGUGGGUAAGAACUAUACCAUCAAGAUAGCUGACUUCGGAAUGAGCAGAAACCUGUACAGUGGUGACUACUACCGGAUCCAGGGCCGUGCGGUGCUCCCCAUCCGCUGGAUGUCUUGGGAGAGUAUCUUGCUGGGCAAAUUUACGACAGCGAGCGACGUGUGGGCCUUUGGGGUGACUCUGUGGGAGACUUUCACCUUUUGCCAGGAGCAGCCCUAUUCCCAGCUGUCAGAUGAACAGGUCAUCGAGAAUACUGGAGAGUUCUUCCGGGACCAAGGGAGGCAGAUUUACCUCCCCCAGCCUGUCAUUUGCCCUGACUCUGUGUACAAGCUGAUGCUCAGCUGCUGGAGAAGAGACACCAAGCACCGUCCUUCGUUCCAGGAAAUCCACCUUCUGCUCCUUCAACAAGGGGACGAGUGAUGCUGUCACUGCCUGGCGACAUCCCGAUGGCCCAGGUCCUUUUCAUGAGACCUACCACUCACCCACGCCUAAGCCACUCCAUCUGGACGUUGAAUGGGCCUGGGAGGCGGAGGCUUGUUCACUUCUCUCUCCGUGUCCCUGGCCGCUCUUCACUCCACUCCCACACUUCUCUACUCCCCAACCCAUAUAUACUCUUUUUUUUUUUUACAUUAAAGAACUAAAAAAAGAAAAAAAAAGCCUAGGGCAGAUAAAAUCUAGUAAAGAAAUCUUACUUAAUAUACCAAAGUGUUGGAUAGCAGGCUAGACAAUUUAGAUAAUUUAUAAAGGUUAAAUAUGCUAUGUUUAUAAAUGUGCAGAUGCUACAAUACUUCUUCUAUGUCACCUUUUAAAAUGUAUUUCCAGAAAGAAAAACUUGAAGAAUACUCAUGUCUUAGGAAACAUGAGAUGAGGCUUAGGAAAAACAGUAAGUGUGGAGAAUUGGAUGGAAUGGUUGGUAUUCAGUAACUGAUCAUAGAGUUCUUGGUUUCCUAAUUUGGCCCUCUGGACACUUCCUACUCUCUGCGCUUGCCUGUCCUGUCAAAGCAGACGAUACAUGCUUGAAAAACCCCGGCUUCUCGGAGUGGGUGUUUUGUUCAUUUGUGGGCAGGGGUCAAGGGUAAGGUCUAUACGGUCUACACGCAUAGGCAACACAGGGGAUGCGCAGAACAGAGGAUGUCUGCUGCAAGGCUGUAUGAAGGGGCGCUGUCACUUGCCAAAAAGGUACCUUGUGCAUGGAAGGAUUCUUGAACAGAGAAUGGACAUAGGAGAAGAGGUCUGUGGAGGACAGGUAACAGGUGUGCUAUUCCCCUGUGAUUUCUACAGAGGGUCCUCUUGUUCAGAUAUUUUCAGGUGUGUGUGUGUUGGUGAGAGCCUGGUUUUGAAUCAGUGAAGACUGGUGUUUUGAGGUCUGGAUCACAGGCCCUUUGGUUUAUCUUCUCUAAGUCUUACAGCCCUCUUAGUGGAUGCAUCAUCCCCUAGGGGACCCGUAUCCGAAGGCUGUGUGCAAUACACAGUAGAUCUGUUCUGCGUAUUUUCAAAAUGUUGACCACUGAGGGCCAGUGAGGGAAAGGUACGAGCAGAGAGCUUUCCACUUUUCAUUAGAGAAAGCCUGGCCAGCAGAAGACACAGCAGGCUGAAUGGGCUACCUCCAGAGGGCGGGUGGUAGGCUGAAGAGUAGGCAAGAGAGGUGUAGGCUUUCAAACACGAGGUAAAUGGUUGUAGGAGACGACAUUUAAUGUCCUUCUCACCCUAGGAGCCCUUGAUUUCAGAGAGGCACGGGGAGAGCCCGAGAGGGAAGUCAUUCACUGCUGCUGCUCCGUACAGACGCUCUGGCCUCAGGGAUGGUGUGGGCAGCAGGAGAGAAAUCGGGAAGGUCUGGGUGAGAAUUCCUGGAAACAUACGCUGUCAUUUAGGAGUCCCCUCGGAAGAGAUUGUGAGCUUUAUGCUUCCCAAGGGCUCAGAUGUAGUGGAAGCAGGAAGGGGGGCCUCUCAACUCCCACAGGGGAGAACAAGAAAAGGUUACAGAAUAAACUUCCCGAGCUCAGAAGUAAUAGUCUUAAUGGUCUUGAGUCCUUGGGUCUGCUGCUGGAGCCCUUGCCUGGUCCCCCUUGUCACGGCCAUUCGGGGACUUGAGAUUUCUCCCCUGUUCAGCCCUCAAGCAUCGCUCCAGGUGACAGCGGAGGCAAAGUUCCCCAAUCCCCCAGAUCAUCGGGUGACCCUAGCAAAUACCUUCCCCCACCGCUGUCCUUUGUCUCUGGGUUCCAGUCUCUCCCGGGACUAAUUCUGUGGAGAUGGUUGGUUUGGGGGUCAGGAGAGCAUCGGUUUGGGAGCUUUGAUCCUACUUCUGCCUCAAGCCCAGCAUGUCACCUUGGACAAGUCCCUUUAGUCUUUCCGGACUUCGGUUUCCCUGUACGUAAGAUGAGGAAAUUGGAUUAGACGGACUUGAAGCCUCUCCCAGGCCUGAUAUGAGCAGGGGUGUCUGGACAACUGGAUCAACAGGUGAUGCAGAUUCCCUUACCUGACUGUGUCUCCUGCUCUGAAGAUCGUGCUCAGUAGAAGGAAUAAUGGGGGGAACUACUACAAUAGCGACAGCAUCAGCUGCCACGUGGACAGUGCCUUAAAGUGUACCAGACCUUUCUACAGACAUAAUCUCAUUUGAUGUGUGCCGGGCCGGACAGGUUCUUAUACCCGAUACUCUGCUUUCAACACCAGUGCUAAUUAACCUCAUGUAUUGGAGAAUUCUCUAGAGACACAGAAUCAAUUAAGUACAGACAUAAAUAUAUAUAAUUUAUUAUAAGGGAUUGGCCCACGUGGUUGUGGAGCCUCCGAAGCUCAGCAUCAGCUGCCUGAAGCUGCAGCCCCGGGAAGCUGGGGGUGGUGUGCUUUUGAGAGACAGGCCGGGAGACUGGUGUCCUAGCUCGGCAGUCAGGGAGCAAGGAUAGAGCCCCCCUUCCUCCAUCUGGUUCAUCCUUUCCCCAUUCUCCCGUGGAUUUGAUGAGGUCCCCCCAGCACAGGAGAGGGGGAGGGCAAGGUGCUGCACUCAGUGCUCCAGUUCCCAUGCUCCCGUCACCUGGAAACACCGUCACAGACACACCCCGAAGUUGUGCUGCAUCCGGGCACCCGACUUCAGUAGAAUUAAAGGGCCAUGAAAUCGGGCUGUUCUCCUGCACACCCAUGCGUCUGGGAGGGCGACGUGCAGACCCUGCCCACGGCUUCUCUGUGUGACAAGAAGUAACAGCAUCAUGUCCCCAUCUUUGCCUCAUCUCUCCACUUCUUUCUUUUUACCCUUCUGCCUCGAUGCACUGCCUUCCAUGAUCCCAUAAAAAAAAAAUAACCCAAUCAUCUUGAAAAUGAACUUAAUGCGUCUGGAUUUUCGUCGCCUCGAGUCACAGAGCAACAUGCUGCAAGUGGCUGGCAGGUCUGCUUUGGCAGGUAGAGCUGCCCCGUCCUGGGAGGAGGAAGCUCGUCUUCCAGCACAGACACAGGUCUAGCUUCUCACCUGGUCGCACCCACAGAGCCUCGCCCUACAGACCGAAGAGACCCAACACGGGACAUGGAGAAGAAGGCCUAAUACGUAGAAGUUAAAAGCAGUUCAAACCCCGAUGAGAGGAAUGCUAGCUGGGCAUCUUUAGAAAAGGACGUAGGAAGACGGACAGGAAACCACGGGGCUUUGUUACAUUUGUAGGGAGUCAUCCUCUGCAUGACAUAAGUGGAAAAGUUUAUGUCCAGAUCGUGGUGUCGGAUCGCCAGAUUUAAAUUCAUACUUUUGCUGGUUAAUGUGCUGAUAACUAGGUCCCAAGCUUGAUGCGUGGUCCAGACACACACGUAGUCAGCAGAGAUCUGGAGUGGAGUGAAGCACGGGGCGGGGGGCGCGUGGCUUUCAUGCUGUGGAAAGGUCACUUGCAAGUGCACGGGACAGUAUCGCAGAGAGCAUCGUAGGGAAGUGGAGUUGGAAAUGAGGAGAUGAGUGCGCAGGUGCUGGAGUGGGGAGGCUGGUGGGGAGGACAGAGAAGGCUCUGGGGAGUACCUGGGAGGGACCCAGGGCACCCUGGGCAGCGAGGUAGAAACAGGUGGCGCCGAAGCAGGAGAGCACAUCUCUGGAGAGAGAUCCGAGAGUGGGCAGGACAAGUAAGUGUCUCGAAGAUAAAGGAUGAAUCUGUAUAGAGAAAGAGGUUCUGGAUGACAGAGAUUUUAAAAGUAUUAAGAAAUGAAAAGUCAGGUGCAAUGUAUGGAAAGGAAGGGAGUUUUCAGAAAAGGCAAGUCCUUAGAGAAACAGGCAAGCAACCGUGGGGCGGGGGGAGGUCUUCUCAUUUCAGUGGAGGCAGGGAAGGGGGGUGUGAGGGUGUCUGCAGAUGCCAGGCCCCUGCGAGUGCUGGGGAUACUGGUGCUGAGAGGGAACCAACUCCUCGCCUGAACUGCACUGUGUUUCCCAACUGCCACUUUGGACACGAGGACCUAGAAAUAGGGUAUUUAUGGCAUCUCAUGGGUCUCUUCUCCCCCCUUCCCUUCCUUCCGCCAACCAAAUCCAUUUUAAAUAAUGCCUGUCAUUGCUGUGCCCAGAAGGGCCACCGGGAAACAUUGAAACAAGGGCUGAAGUUAGACGAGACCAAGUCUUGUUUGAGAUCUACACAACGAGGUAUGUGGCACAUUGGAGCCAUGUGUUUUCCUAGUUCCAUCCAGACUUCCCACAAGAAAGCCAUGAUGUGGGGCUGAGCCAUGUGUUUUGAGUAAAGGGGAACAGAAGAAGGGGAGUGUCUGCAAGAGGGAGGGCUGAGAUGUUCCAAGGAAAUAUUCUAAAACAGAACAGCAUCUGUUUUGCCCAAGAUUGAAAAAAAAAAAAAAGAAGAAGAAGAAGAAGAAGAAGAGACGUAGAGUUAGGGCUUUGGUUACUCCAACAUUUGGCUCUUAAGUCUUUGAUCUGAACUUGCAUUUAUAUACCUGCCAUCUUGGUCUUUUCAGCAAGGCUCUGACCUCUGGCAGUACUUUGGUAGGCCCCGGAAUAUAUCUGGAAGUUGCAGAUCCUGCUUUAUGCUGGGAGAUCCUUCUGAAUUGAAAUUUAAGAUUUUUAUAGAAACAGAUGAAUGUCUUUUCCACUCGGUAAAUGUCUUGGAAUGCUGAAUCAAGACAGAAAGACACCAGAAUAGUAAAUGGUGAUUGGAUUUCUGGCAUUUUGAGUUCUUUGGCACAAUUAGCUGCGUUGCCUGGUGGCAGACAAGUGGUGGGUAAUUAUUUACUUGCUGUGUAUGUCUCUCUCUCUUUUUAAAACUUGUUAUUUUGAAAUACUUUAAGACUCACAAGACGUUGGGAAAGUAGUAGAGCGACCUUCCCCGAACGCCCAUUGAUAACAUCUUACAUAAUCAUGGUCUGUUUUCAGAAUCAGAAAGUUGACAUUUGAAACGCUAUUAACUAAACAGAAGACCUCACUCAGAUUUCACCACUUAUUGUUUGUUUGUUUUAACAUGCAUUUAUUUAGUUUCUGGAUACUUCAUCCCUUUCUGAUUUGUAACCUGGUCUGGCUUGGAUGCAGCAGGAAAAAUACUAUCUGGGUAUAAUUCUACAAAAUUCUAAAGAGAGUAAAACAAAUCAAUCUGUUCCCUUAUCAAUGAGCAAAAUCCUGCCUAGACUGCUUCCACAUUUUUCUGACUAGUUUGGCUUUGGAUUUGGAACCACAAGAGACAGUGAGAUCUGCACGUAGCAUGCUGGCUAGAGAAUCAGGUGUGGGGCAUUCCAGAUGGUUCCUGCUGUUCCUACAAGUGAGUAGGAUCUGUAGUGGUGGCAGGCAGGGGGCUUGGGGUUCAACCAGUAUUUUGGUCAAGAGCUGGGUGGCACUUAGUUAAUGGUACCAGCGCUGCCUUGUGGGAGGAAUAGAGUACAAUGGCAUCGGAUCCCCCAGCGUGUGAUGAAACACAACAUUUGGAAUAGCAGAGACCUUCCAUUUGCCUAAAUAUCCAUUUUUAAACGGAAUAACGGCUACAUUGGACCAAACUAAAUGUAAACACAGAAGCAACCUCAGGGGUGGGGGGUGUUGAAGGAGCUGUGGGUUUUGUGCAGGCAUCUUCCACCUGCCCCCUUACUGGAUCACAAGGGGGUUACUGGGUUCACACUGCCUACCGCAUGUCCUGUCAAGUUCCAGACACAUAGCGAGCACUCAGGAGGUAUCUGCUGAGUGUUGUUUCUUGAAUGAAUAAAAGUCAGAAGCCGAAACUUGUCAUCCAGUCUAAGUGGGGUGAAUUUAGGGAGAACUGCUUUGCUAUAAUGCGGGGGCUUAUUUUCAAAUGAAGAAAGAGAAAAGUGCCCAGGCUCGUACCUGGUGAAGUACAUUCUCCAUUUGUGUAUUUUCUAAGGAUGAAAUAGAUGUUUGGAGAUAUCUCAUUCUUUGGGGGUAUUUAGACAGAAGUGCAAGGCAGUUCUCUACAAGGCACCCCCCACCCCCAACAAGAGCAGGGAGGGACUCUGGUCCCAAACGCAACCUAUUUGAAACAAACUUUUUGGUUUCUCCAGCAGACACCUGUCGAGAACCUCUAAGGGUGAAGGAUCAGAGUCCCCAGCUUUUGUGCAUGUACAACAUGCACAAAAGCAUACGAAGGAAGAAUCUGCAAAGAGGCUCAAGGGAAAGCACAAUGUGAUAAGGCGAUCACUUUGCAUGAAAACCUGUUUUCUUGCAAAGAGGCUUAGAAUCAGUUGGAAUUGGGUAGGGUUCCUGCAAACACACCAAGAGUUUGUAACCUAGCCUGUUCAUUUUAUGUCCUUUACUACUCAUGAUAUCCUGUUCUCCCUGGUCGUCUGGCAACUUUUCCUGAGGACUGAGUUUCCGAACCAACAGGGCUGGCUCUUCCUCCGAGGAGGGAAUAUCUGGGCCUCAGUUUUGUGGGCUUGGGAGCAUGAUGUGUCUUGUCAAGGGGUAAAGAGCAAACCGAUCGAUCCCUGCUUAAAACUAUCAUAGUCAUUCCCAAAUAGAACACGUAAAAGUUCUCUGUAUUAGAAAAAGGAACAAGAUACCAAUUGUAUAUUUUCUUUUCUUUAUUUAUUCUCUGUAAGUCUGUCAGAUGAUAAAUUGUAAAUAACAAUGAUUAAAGAAAUAUGCUACUGA